CGAGCGCAAUGGCGGCCACCGGGCCCGAUCCUGGUUCUGGCCCCGCCGGCGGCGCCCGGUUCUUCUGCACGGCGGGCCGCGGCCUGGAGCCGUUCUUGAUGCGGGAGGUGCAAGCACGGCUGGAGGCUACUCAGGUUGAAUACAUUUCAGGAAAAGUGUUUUUCACCACCCGUUCAGAUUUGACCUCAAUGAAGAAGUUGAAGUCAGCGGAAAGACUGUUUUUGUUGAUUAGGAAGCAGCUUCCAAUUGCAGUGCCUUCUCUGAGCAAAGGAAAAAUACUUACUGAGCUGCAGAGACUUAUAAAUGAGGAUCCAGGAAGUUGGCUGAAGGCCAUUUCUCUUUGGAGAAAACUUCUUGAACGUGAUGAAAAAGGAGAAAAAGUUUCUCAAAGGGAUGUUAAUGCACUAAAGCGAAAAGUGGGAGGAAAUGAGAUUGUCCUUGCCAAGAAAUUAAAACUAGAGGAGAAGCAGAUGGUUGAAGAGAGCCGAGGGGAAGGCCAGCGCGACGGGCUUCCCGAAGACUCGCUGGAGCAAGAGAAUGCUAUCACUAAAACUGACCAGCUUCAAGAGCAUGGACUCCAGAAUGACAUGGUGAAGGCAGCUGACACUCAGAACCAGGACUUGACCUUCAGGGUUUCCUGUCGCUGCAGCGGGAAUAUCGGAAAGGCCUUCUCUCCACAGGAGGCAGGAAGAGUGGUUGGAAUUGCUCUCAUGAGGAAGUUUGGAUGGAAAGCCAAUUUAAGGAAUCCACAUUUAGAGGACCUAAUGGAAGGAAAGAGGCUAAGGUUUUUUUGUUGGGGAAGAAGGUGUUUGUUUUGUCAGCUUGACCCAAGAUGGAGUUGUUUGGGAAGAGAGACCUCAGUGGCAAUGCCUUCAUCAGAUGGCCUGUGGAUUUUCAUGCAUCUGAGUGACGCUUACUCAGUGCUGGGGAUUCCUCUGUUCAGAGUUCCCUUAGCCAGCAGAACUUACAUCCAGACAGCUGGGCUGCGGUCGACUAUAGCAUGGGCCAUGGCAUCUAUUGCUGAAAUUAAGGCUGGAGCUCUGGUUCUGGAUCCAAUGUGUGGCCUUGGGACCAUACUUGUGGAAGCUGCUAAAGAGUGGCCAGAUGUGUAUUACAUGGGUGCUGAUGUCAGUGACUCGCAGUUACUUGGUGCAUGUGACAAUGUGAAGGCCGCAGGCCUUGCAGACAAGAUUGACUUACUUAAAGUCUCUGUCACAGAGUUACCGCUGCCGUCACAAAGUGUUGAUGUGAUUAUUUCUGACAUUCCAUUUGGGAAAAAAUUCAAGUUGGGAAAAGACAUCAAAAGCAUUCUACAAGAAAUGGAAAGAGUGCUGUGUGUUGGUGGAGCCAUGGUCUUGCUGCUCAGUGAGGAUCACCACAGGUACCUUGGAGACUGUGGAGGCAACAGCAUCCCCCUAACGUCCCAAGACAACAUCGCCGACCCUGAGAUGAAUCCUGACAAAAGAACUGGCGCACCAGGCACAGCAUCGCCUUCAUGUAAAACCAGUAGCUCCCAGUGCCCAAGCAGAGUGUUGCCCUGUGGCUCCCUGGUGCCAGUGGAGUGCUUCAAAGUUAGCCUUGGAAAAACAGAUGCAUUCAUAUGUAAAUAUGAGAAGGUGCAUGCUUCUAGACUGUCACCAGCUGGACACCAUGAGCCUGGAGCUCAUCGGCAGAUGGCAGCCCUUCAGGAAUCCCCCCAUCUCCAGGAUUCCUCAGAGCCCCAGAGCCCAAGUGCACAGCCUCUGCAGGUGGGUGCAGCUGAGUAAGGCCUCCCGCUCUCCAGGACUCAGUGUUCAUGACAAAAAGCACUUGGUGAAGAUUUUGAAGAUUCUGUCUGAAAACUGCUUCAUGCCAGAAAUCAAACUUUUAGAAAUGAGAAACCUUUUAUGUGUAACUUUUUUUACAUAUUAAACUUGAUUUUUAACCUAUAAUUUGCUUCUUCAUUGAAAUGAAAAUAAUUUUUAUUUGCCAUAAUUGAUGACUCAUAUUUUGUAAAACAUCAGAUAACAGUAAUCUGGAAU